GCGGGAGUGGUGGCCACCUCAGCGGCACCCACUGUGCGGGUACAUUUCAAGGUGCCAGGACAGACACUCUCAGGAAUAUCUAUCACUGGCCUAGAAGUCUACAACGAGAAAUACAAACCAUUCAAGGGAGUCAAAUACAUUGCCAGUGCUGGAAAAUUCGUCGUGCGGAGUAGGUAGCCCGCCGCUAUUUGACAUACCAUA